UAACGUACCAGUCAGUCAGCUCCUAAUGCUGGGUACACACUGGUUGAUGUAUUGUGGACGCGUUGUGGUUGUAUACCAGCGAUAUGUUGUCCACAGCCAAAUCGCGUCGGCCUUGCAGCAUGUCCGAUAUAUCAGCACAUCGUACUGUAUGUGCGUUCGUACACUUGCUGUGGGGGCCAAUAUCACAACUGAGCGGGCAAUGACAGGGACCGACAUAUCGAACGGCCGAACGGGCGGAUGGAGGACUCCCUGAGAAGAACAUCUCAGUUGGGGCGAGAAGUGCUGGAGCGAGCACGGCGCAGGGACAUGGGCUGGUGGUCUUCAUACGAGAAUGAGGGGCUGCCACUAGGGGCACAGCAUGGGAAGAAGACCCCCGAGGAGGAAGAGCGGAACAUGAUCUUGGAAGAAGCAUUUUGUACGCUGUCGCACUUCAUGUGCCGUACCACCGAGCAGUGCGAGAGGUAUCACAGCUGUUUACCGCUGCGAGAGAUUGAUGGACACGCCAAACAGCACGCUCUAAGGUUUCACUGUAGAAAAUCUCAGCCAGUCGCACUAAAAACAGAUUCACGCUCGUGGGAUCCCCGUGUCUGCACAAUGCAGAGCUCAGUGGCCGCUUCCCCACAGUACGGCCCCUGCGAUGUCUACAUUGAGGUGGCUCCAGGAACGUACAGUAUCUCUGGAGGUUCCAGUAAUGGGCAGAAGCAGACUCAUGUGGUGAACAUCACUCCCGGACAGAGCGUGGAUUUAACGUUCAAUGGAUAGGCCAUUUCUUCAACCGAAUUGGUGACGAGUCGUAUGUGACAUCACUACCUGUUACCGGGGUGUCUUAUAUCCAGUGCACCUUACUUUGGGACUCUGUGCACUAGAAUAUGUAAUAGGCUCAAUAGUUAUAGAAUGAUUAUUUUGUUUGUAGCCAAAUCUUGGGUGCAACCUGUUCACAUACUGUGAUUAAACCUGUCAGGGCCCCACAUCGGUCUUGUAUUAUACGCAAUUAUCAUGUAUUUAACCCAUUUUCUACCUAUGCAAUAGACAGUAAUGUUUGUAUGAUUAUUUCUUAAAUGCACUUUAUGUUCAUAUCCUUCCUGUAUUCUCGAGAUAAUGUUGCCAGUGUAUUCUAUAUUACGGAGUACAGAGCAUUUAUAAUCUUCCGGGGGCUCUUUUGCUGGGACGUGGUGAGUGUCUGGGUUGCAGGAUGUGUUGGGGAACUAUUAUGGUGCACAGAAAAAGUAAUACAGUGUAAUAAGUACUUCUAGGCCCGAGUGAUGAGUACUCAGACUGUAAUAUAUGCUGCAGGGCAGCAGAGAUCACGCUGGUAUCACAGGCCUUUCCCAGGUGCUGUCUUCUAAAUGUUGUUCUUUUCAAUUAUUUAUAAUAAAGAUGUUAUAUUUUA